AUGCGAGACAGCAGAAGUGGCUAUGGCGUCGACAAAGUCUUCAUCGGCAUCACAGUCAGACUCAUCAUGGUUGGGUGGUUCACGGAUUUCCUGCAGGGGGAUAUCUUCUUCAAGACGGAUUUCCUGCAGGGGGAUAUCUUCUUCAAGAUAUCCCCCUGCAGGAAAUCCGUGAACCACCCAACCAUGAUAAUCCCCAGGUACACACCCUUAUCCCCUCCCCCGACCUACACCCCAGGUACAUCCCCUCCCCCCCUCCCCCGAGGUACUCCCUACAGUCACCAGGAACACACACCCUUACCCCCUCCCCCGACCUACUCCCCACACUCCCCAAGCACACACCCUUACCCCUCCCCGACCUACACCCCAGGUACUCCCCACAGUCCCCAGGAAUACACCUCCCCCCUCCCCGACCUACUCCCCACAGUCCCCAGGUACACACCUUACCCCUCCCCUGACCUACACCCCAGGUACACCUCCCCCUCCCCGACCUACACCCCAGUCCCCAGGUACACCUUACCCUCCCCGACCUACACUCCAGGUAUACCCCUCCCCCUCCCCGACCUACACCUCAGGUACACCCCUCCCCCCUCACCCGCUCCCCCGACCUACAUCCCAGGCUACUCCCCACAGUCCCCAGGUAUACAUCCUUGCCUCCCCAACCUACACCCCAGGUACACCCCCACCCCCCCUCCCCGAGCUACUCCCCAGGUACACCUGCUCACCCCUCCCCCGACCGUCACCCCAGGUACACCCCUCACCCCUCCCCAACCUACUCCCCACAUUCCUCAGGUACACCCUCCCCCUCCCCUGACCUACACCCCUGGUACCCCUCUCCCCUCCCUGACCUACACCCCAGGUACACCACCUCCCCCUCCCCUGACCUACACCCCAGGUGCACCCCUCACCACCUCACCCGACCUACUCCCCACAGUCCCUAGGUACACCCCCUCCACCCCUCCCCCGACAUACACUCCAGGAACACCCCCUCCCCCCCUCCCCCGAGCUACUCCCCAGGUACACGCCCUCGGCCCCUCCCCCGACCUACACCCCAAGUACACGCCCUCACCCCCUCACCUGACCUACACCCCAGGUACACCCCUCACCCUCACCUGA